GAUGGUCAAAAAAAAGAAAAAAAAAGAAGUCAUCUAAUGGGCCGGCCCAAGAAUUCCGUCCCCAAUCCCCCAAACCUCUGUCGCUGGGUCUCCGGCGAGCUCUCCGGCCAUGGCCAACCUGAGAGCCAACGCCAGCACUGGCCAUCUCCGCGUCUACGGUACGUCGCUGUCUGAUGAUGGCGCCCUGCCGCGGGAGGAGAGGGAGCAGGACACAUCACUCCUCCUCCGCAAGAUCGAGCUCCACCGUGACGAAGCCGUCAAGCUGCUCGCCUCGCACCCCGAUCUGCUACGGUUCCUCGAUGCGGCGACCUCCGUCGGCCUGCUCGACCUGGUCUCCAACAUAGUCGUCAGCGCCAUGCUUGCCGCCGCCGCAGAUCCCGUCGACGGGGCCUCGGCGCUCGUCGGCGUCGACAAGGACAUGAAGCAGCGCUCCCUCGAUGGCCUCGUCGCCUUCCUCACAUGCUUCUUCCCUCACCUCAUCGACUGGGAGGCCGUCAGGUACCUUGUCCUCGCCCAAGCCGACCCCCUCGUUGCGGCGCGCAUCGUCGUCGAGGACCGCCGCACCAAGUGCUUCCGCCCAGGCUCCGCGGCCACCAACGGCGCCCUCAAGCUCGCUCUAAAGUGCGCAAUGGUGGCCGCCAAGCAUCCGUGUCCCUCCGAGCUCGCAGGCGUUUGGCUGUCCUUGUGCUCCUCCCUUGAUACCCUCGAGAAGGCCGUCUCCUUGCUCUCGGCGGUGCGGCCCAAUUCCCCCGGCGACAUCCUCCACACUCUGGCCAAGCAGAUGCCAGUUGUCCCUUGUCCUGCUCCUGAUGCCAUUGGCAGCAGCCUCAUCAGGCCAUGGGAGCUUGCUGCCCGUCGCAGUAAGCACGCUGCCAAGGUGACCCAUCAGUAUUCCUGGUCACUGAGGCGAGUGCUCCUACAUACGAUCCAUGGUUUCUACCUGCAGGCACUCGCCAGGAUGCCGGGCGGCGAGCUGCGGUCUCGUUACCACCGUAGCAUGCUCAAGGCUGGCCAUUGCUACGGCCCUUUUGAUCCUGUCACCAACAUCAUCGUCAACACCAUCUGGUACGAAGCCACAUUCCCACCACUGAGUCAACUGGACGAGCUCGACAUUCUCGGCACCUUGAACCUGAUGCGGAUUGAAGCACAAUCCUUCUACGGACUUGUCUCUUUCCUCUGCACCCAUGACAAAGAUCUCAACGCCGAUCAGGCCAUAAGGUUCCUGCUCGACACGGAUCUCAACUUGGCCGCGACAAAGCAGUGCAGCAGUGUCCAGGAAGAACAAGAAGCCUUCAGGGCUGCUGCAACUGCGGCAUGGCACCCCAGACCUGAUGCCCAAGCAGCAUUCCUCAGCUCUUGCAAGACGCCUGCUGUCCUGUCACUGCUGUCAGAUAAUGGGGGCCAACAACAGCUCUCUUCUCAGUGUGUCCACCAGCUUGCCAUGCUAUUGUCAUCUGCUUUUCGUUCCACUGGCAUGUUAGCCCAGCAGAAGCGACCAGUUGCCAUUUAUGAACGACGGUUCCAUCUUACCAUGGACGAGGGACACAUACAGCGAAGGGCUCAUAGAAGAAUCUCCAGAAAGGUCAAGGCUGCACUAAGCAGAUAUGAGGUGCAGAAUUCAGAACAAGCCUGUCAUCAGCUUCAUGUGGUAUGCGGUGUGAAUACAUAUGUGUCUGGUCCUGACGAGAGUAUGCACUCCAUCAUGAUGCAAAAGAAAAAAGAUCCUGUUGAAGAUGACUACUACCAUCACACACAUGCCAACUUUCUGGUGACCCGGAAUGUUGGCUCUGUAGGUUCAGUUCCAGUACUCUUCUUUGCUGAGCUUAGCAACAAGAACGACGACCAGGAUAGCCAGCUUCUAUGCUGCCCUGUGGAGUUUCCACUACCUGGGGCUGAACCAGUGCGCUGCCUUUUCUGCGAGCAAGAAGGGAUCAGGAUUGUACACCCUGCUAGUUGGGAGGGAUUCCAUGGGCACCAGGUGGAGUUUGUGAAGACGGUUCGCGGCGAAGAUUUAUUCGAAAAUGUCGACUAUCCAGAGGAGUAUGACAAUGAUCGCAUACUAACUAAAAGUGAAUAUGUUACAAACACUGUGGCCGAUGGAUUCGACGAGGACUGCAUGUACCUUGGUAGCAAUGACUUCACCAUCAAGGAAUCCGACGGCCAUGAAUCGGAUUAUUAUGGAGAGGAGUAGUAUAUACAGUGAUGGUCUUCUGAAAGGAGGUGAUAAAACCAAGCUUGAGGAAGCGGUCAAUCAGUUGAUGGCGAUGGCGAUGGUGACGUCGCUUGCUGGUAAGAUACUUGAUGCUCCGGCUGGAGCCGACAGGGUGCCUGGAGCUGGUGAUCAAGGAGUCUUGCAUGUUGCUGAUGCCUGAAGCUGUGCUGUAGUUUUUCUGCCCCUUUGAACUCUGUGGUCCUUUGGUCUCUGGUUCUCUCUACUGCUUUGAACUCUAAUGUUGUGGUUGCAGGUGGUAGCAGGUUUUCGCCCCGUGGGAGUGCUUCGAUGCCGAUCACUCAGAGCGUGUUUCCCCCAACUUGCUACCUCUCUUUUCCAGCUUGUUGCUCUUGUAAGAACUAAAUAUACAGGUUGAGCGAUUAAUGGAAAGGGGUUAGCCCGGUUGGAAAAAAUAAAACAAGCUUGUUUCAUAGUCUGUUGGCUAGUCCUACAGAUAUACAUGUUGACAUCAAAAGGAUCUUGCUAAGUCACCCGUAGUGGUUUCGA